UUGUUUUUUUAUGCCUCAGUGAAGUUCAGAGGUCUGAAGCAAAACGAAGUGAGCCCAAAAGCUCCAUAUUCUUCGUUCACUGCAUCCACAAAAGGUUAGUCCCAUUGUUUUCAUCAAGACCCACUUCCAUUUCAUUUACAUUUUGUUGAAUUUGGACGAAAUAAUUUGAAUCAAACAAUCGCUUUGGUUAUACACCAAAGUUGUUCGGCUUGUUCGCGUACCAGAAGGAAACCCAUUUUAUCUGUUUUAUGAAGAAAUUAUGAAUAACAAUUUUCCACUCCGUCGAUUUUCGACUUUGCUGAAUUCCUCUGUGAAACCCACGAUCCCUGCGAAUUUUGGAGAAAGGAAGUGGAAACCAAUUCCAAUACCCCACCGAACAGUCCCUGAGCCCAGAGGUCAAGACCUUGAUUUCAUAAACGUUGCACACAGCCACCUAAUUCACUCUGAUUGGGCUAAGCUCAGUUCGUUAUCAACCGAUCUAACACCCCUCAGAGUGAAACAUGUAUUGCUCAAGAUUCAGAAGGACCAUGUUCUUUCCCUCGAGUUUUUCAACUGGGCUGGGAUUCAAAAGCCCAGUUGCCAUUCCCUCGAAAUUCAUUCCAUAAUUCUCCACAUUCUCACAAAAAACCGGAAAUUCAAAUCUGCAGAGUCCAUUUUGAGGAACAUUAUUGUAUCUGGUUCCACAGAUGUACCCUCCAAUCUGUUUGAAGAAAUGCUACACUCGUACCGCUUGUGUCAUUCUUCGCCUCGUGUUUUUGACUCACUUUUCAAGACUUUUGCGCAUAUGAAGAAGUUUAGGGAUGCCACUGAUACUUUUUGUCGAAUGAAGGAUUAUGGAUUUUUCCCUACUAUUGAGUCGUGUAAUGCCUACAUGAGCUCUUUGCUUGAUUUGCACAGGAUGGAUAUUACUUUGGCAUUCUACAGAGAAAUGCGGCGUCAUAGGAUUUCUCCAAAUGUUUAUACUCUUAAUAUGAUCAUGCGCGCUUACUGUAAAUUGGGAAAAUUGGAGAAGGCUGUUGAGGCAUUUAGGGAGAUGGAGAGCAUGGGUUUUAGACCGAAUACUGCAUCUUAUAACACAUUGAUUGCAGGACAUUGCAGUAAGGGUCUAUUGAGCUUUGCAGUAAAGUUUAAAAACUCAAUGGAAAGGAGUGGGGUGCACCAGGAUGUGGUUACAUUUAACACGCUUAUCCAUGGAUUUUGCAAGGAAGGGAAAUUACAUGAAGCUAAUAGAGUUUUCAUUGAGAUGAAGGCCGCAAAUGUUACUCCUAAUAUUGUGACCUACAAUACCUUGAUAAAUGGGUAUAGCCAAGUGGGUAAUAGUGAGAUGGGCAGCAAGCUUUAUGAGGAGAUGUUGAGGAAUCAAGUUAAGGCUGAUAUUUUAACGUAUAAUGCCUUGAUAUUUGGACUAUGCAAGGAGGGUAAGACAAAGAAAGCGGCAUAUCUGGUUAAGGAACUUGAUAAGCAUAACUUAGUGCCAAAUGCCUCAACGUUUUCUGCCCUUAUUUGUGGUCAGUGCAUGAGAAAGAACUCCGAACGUGCCUUUCAAAUAUAUAAAAGCAUGUUAAGGAGUGGUUGCCAUCCAAAUGCACAUACUUUCAAAAUGUUGGUAUCAACUUUCUGCAAAAAUGAGGACUUUGAUGGAGCAGUCCAAGUCUUGAAGGAAAUGUUUGAGAGAUCAAUGGCUCCUGAUUCAGGCAUUUUAUCUGAGAUUUGCAGUGGGCUUUGCCAGUGUGGAAAAAUUGAAGAGGCAAAGAUGUUAUGUAGUGAGAUGGAAGCUAGAGGUCUUAUGCCAGCAGGCUUUGACAAAUCCGAAACCACCAACUUUGGUGCCUAGUAUGAGAAGAAAGCAUUUGGAGGUAAAUGCUAAGGGUGUAUGCACCUAAGCUUUCCAUGUAACUUAUAAAGGUUGUGUUGUUGUAAAUUGACCUCUUCUUGCGCCUGAUCUCACCUUGUAACUUGUAAAUCUUAGCUUUUAGUGGGAACUACACUUUUUACUUUGAGAGCAAAACUAAAGCAAGCUGUAUAAUCUUCCAUUGUUUUAUUUUUACUGUGAAAAGCAAGUAUAAUGAUUUCUUACAUUAAGGUUGCAAAUUUGGUGCUCUGCUUCCUAAGAUUAUUGUGUUCUUUAUUUACCUUUUAUCGAGGAGGAGGUACUAGGACCAUUUUUUCUGAAUAGCACUAGGAUGAAUGGCAAAAUUUUCCAGACUAUCCUUACCCUGGGGGAGCUAUUGAGUCAAUUAGUGGAGUAACGGAAGUUCCUAUUCACAACUCUGUAACUCCAGCUACUCCUACCUUGGCUACACCAAACCAAAUCACCUUAACCUCUAGGAGGUAAGUUCAGUUCAGGAGGGUUUCACGUUAAGAAGCAAGGAGGCAAGGGCUCCAAUAAAGGGGCCAUCAAGUCAAACUCUCCAUGAAGGAGGUACGGUUCAGUUACUUUCCCUCUUUUUGCUCAUGCAUUUUGUUUGUUACAAUAUCAGGAGUCUAAAUAAUCCCAUUGAACAAAAAUAAGUCUAAAUUCUCCAUCAAGGAGGUAGGGGUCAAUAAAGCGAGGUGCGACAUUGGAAUUUGUUCAGUCCUAUGAUCAGAUUCAAUCUAAUGCAAACUCAAAUUAGAGAAACAAUGUCGUUUCGAUUGCUGUGAACAAUUUGCACUUACCAAAUCACAUUGUCCAUUGGUACUCCAAGAAUAGAGGCCGGCAGCACUAUCAGGGCAAGGGAGCAGAAUCAGGGAAUAGAAGAUGGAGUUGUUUGGUGACAGUGGUAGAAGGGACAAGGCACGACCAGUUAAAGCAUGUGCUUAAGUGCUAACACAUCGGUCCCUUCCUGUUGUACUGCUCAAAUUACUGCAUGAAAAUCCAGCUAUUCUCAUGCUUGGAGCACAGCAAAGUUUGAUUGGAGUACUUGCUUUCUAAAACAAUUUCAAGUAAUCUUGUGAGCAGGGAACCUCUGUGAUUGAAAGCAAUCAGCAUCAAUCCAACAUUCUGGGUCUCUCCCUAUUGCCCCCACAUUAAUGAUGACUUUUGUCUUCGUUGGACCUGUCGCACUUCUGCUUGUGCCUUCUCCAUUAUUCUUGGGUUUCUUAUCAGCUCAGACAUUGGCCAUUCUAAGAUUUGUUUGUGGUAUAGUGUGCUCCAAUGGUAUAGAUUGGGAAGAUUUUUGUAUAUAUGUUGUUUUGCUUUAGUUCUUUGUAACUUUGUUCCAGUGAGUUUUGCUUGCCGGAGAGAGUUUUUGUUCGGGUUUGUGGAAUGGAAAAUUCAUCCAAAAUAAAUAAAUAAAUAAAUAAAAGACUGUAAAUCUCGUAAGUAUUCAUUUUGACUUCUGCACUUUUCUCCAAAU